AUGAAUACUCGCGAAUAUCAGCAAAUAGACCCUCAGGCACUCGCGACGCCAGCACUGACUCCUCCAGCGCGAGCUCUGGCCGAGCACAAGCCCGCACGAGCGCGGAGGAAAUGGGAGGUGUUUCCCGGGAAGAACCGCUUCUACUGCGAUGGACGCAUCAUCGUGGCGCGUCAGAACGGCGUGCUGCCUCUCACACUGGGGCUCAUACUGGUCACCAGUGGUCUGUUUUUCUUUUUCGACUGCCCAUUCCUGGUGAAGCACCUCACCGGCUGCAUCCCGGUGAUCGGAGGGGUGCUGUUUGUGUUUGUGAUCAUCUCUCUCCUUCAGACCAGCUUCACCGAUCCAGGGAUUGUGCCCAGAGCAACAGCAGAGGAGGCUGCAGAUAUCGAGAAGCAGAUCGACAACCCAGCGGGCUCUUCCUCGUCCUACCGCCCCCCUCCGCGCACUAAAGAGGUCGUCAUCAACCAGCAGGUGGUAAAACUCAAGUACUGCUUCACCUGCAAGAUCUUCCGUCCCCCGCGCACCUCCCACUGCAGCCUGUGUGACAACUGUGUGGAGCGGUUUGAUCAUCACUGCCCGUGGGUCGGCAACUGUGUGGGAAAAAGAAAUUACCGCUUCUUCUACGCCUUCAUUGUCUCGCUCUCCUUCCUCACAGCCUUCGUCUUCGGUUGUGUAACCACACACCUGGCUCUGAGGUCACAAGGAGGAAACGGGCUUGUCUUCGCUCUCCAAGAGAGUCCUGCCAGUGCUCUUGAGUUAGUGGUCUGCUUCUUCUCAGUCUGGUCCAUUUUGGGCCUCUCGGGCUUCCAUACCUACUUGGUGGCUGCUAAUCUUACUACUAAUGAGGAUAUUAAAGGUUCGUGGUCAGGCAAGAGUGGUAACGAGGACGUGGGAAAUCCGUAUAGCUCCAACAGCAUCCUCAAAAACUGCUGCUCUGUCCUCUGUGGACCCAUGCCACCCAGUUUGAUUGACAGGCGCGGGUUCAUGCCCACUGAUGACUCUGUCCAGACCAGUCCUGCGGAAAUCGAACUGCCAGCUGCUAAAAACGACAUUAACAUGUGCUCACAGGGCACUAAAGGGCUGCUGGAAACAGCUUCUCGUUCUCCUCUCCUAACAAGCUCAUGUCCGCAGGCCAAACCCCAAGCCGUGCCACCCGCCCUGGACCCUCUUCCAGACAUCAUUUCCCCUCCUGCCCCAGAGCCGCCCAAGAUCGCUGGAAGACGCCGAUCGACCAGCACACCUCACAAACACCACUCUCACCACAGAUCCAAAGGAAAUCAAAGCACUCCUCACACCCACAAGAUAACCAACUCCUCUCCAAGACCUCAUCACAGUCACGGCUCAAGAGGAUUCACAGACUCAAAGACCAGAGACCAAAAAUCCAGUUCUCUUCGCUGAAUACUCUGACUCCAAGAAUCUGCAAGCAUCCUCACGUUAGGGAUGUUAAUGCAAGAAUGUCAGAGUUUUUAUUCAUAGGAUUUGUGGCGUCAAAUGGAAUUUGAAAACUACUGACGGUUUUUGAACAGGUUUCCUGAACACUUGCUCCCAUUUUCCAUUGGACACCCCAAAUUCACACCAUUGGUUGCCCCAAUGUUCUUAAGUCUUGCUGGUGGGGAUGCUCAAACUAAGGGAGCGAUAUUUUGAUGGUACAACAGAGUUGCAUUUUCAGGGAAAUCAACCUACGAAUUGCUUUCUUAUCAUGUCUGCGUAAUGAGCUGGAAUACGGGAAGGUAUUUUAUUAUUGAAAGAAAUUUGUUCUUCACAGAAGAAAUGACAUUCUUUGGUUUUAAUAAACGAAGCACGGCAUUAAUCUGGUUCUGUAUCGUAGAGGAAUACUAUCACGAGAGUGUCCUCGAAAGUCAGUGAAUGGAAAAACUUUGAAUGGAAUUUUUUUUAUUGAAUCUACACAUGGUAUUUCAAAUGUUGUAGACAAGCACAAAGAGAGUCCAUCGGUUUUAAGGAUUACACUGCAUGCAAUUGCCAUUGAGACUAGUCUUCUGAUAGUAAACAGACUGGACAUGUUAAAGGAAUACUGGUAACACUACAUUAAUUUUCCAUUUGUUAUGUGUUUCUAAAGGGGUUCAGUAAUGACUAAAGACAUUUGCAAAUGCAUAAUAAAUCACUGAUAUGCUGUUAUAACCGCAUACAUUAAAAGGGUGACAUUCUUGCAACACUUAUGAUUUAUUAUAUGAUAUCUGUUGGGAAUGAGCAUGAAGAGCUGAAAAGUGUGUUGGCAGAGGACUUUAGGGAACUAGGACUGGGUAAGUUGGGACAGCACUCAGAGUAGCACCAUUCUUUUGACAUCGACAUGUUGAGGAAAUUGACAAUGCAAAUAUAAAACAACAAUGCCUCCUUUCAAUCUAACUAUAAUAUGCUCUUUGUGCUGCAUUGUGACAUUGAUGUUUUUGAUUAAAGGUGCAAUAUGUAACCAUUUUCAUGUAAUGUGUGAACAGCUUGUUAAAAAUGAGCACUUCCCGGACUUCCUAGGUUGACUAUUAAAGCCUGUAGUCUGAUCAUGUUAAGGGAGCGGGUCACUUUGGCCAGGAAAAUCCAAAGGAUGUGACAUUUAUGUGCGCUCCCGAGAGCCUUGCCUCAGAUAGUAGCUUCUCUUCCGCUAUUCAACAGCGACAACAAACGGCACAAGGUAACAUUAUCUUAGACAUGGAAUCCAGCAAACGUCCGGCUCCCAGCACAACACCGACUCCUACACAAACGUUGAGUAAGACAAAAAAACAUUUGUCUACUGAAUCCCGUCUGUCUAAGUGGGAAUGUGAUCGAGAUCAUGGUCAAGUGAAAACUUGAGUGAACAUCGGCAGGGCAUUUGAUUCCUGCAGGGAACUUGUUUGGUUUUGGGGAUCAAAACCGACCCUGAAUUGGCGUUCUUCUUAUUGGACAGGCAAGCUUACA